AUGGAGAAACUGGUGGAUGUAGCAUCUAUUAGUGUGUUUUGGGCCGGUAAGGUUAAGAAUGAAGAUCCAGUACCCGCACUUAUGGCAUAUGUUUAUCACACCUUGCACUUACUCUUCGAAAAGAAGGGGUCAUUGAUGUUGUGUUACAUACCGCUCCUUUACCAAUGGUUUGUCUCUCAUGUAUUCAAAGACGCUGAUAUGGUUGAGAGGAUGGAUGGAUAUGAGUGGUCUCAAAAGCUGGUAGGACCCACAGAAAAUUCCAUUAUUUGGUACCCUCAUGCUUUGAACUCAGAAGAUGCAAUUACUAGUUGCGGAGACUUUCCGAAUGUACCAUUAAUAGGGUCAAAGGGUUGCAUUAACUAUAAUCCAGUUCUAGCAGUGAGGCAAUUGGGUUAUCCUAUCACAUACAAGCCAGAUGACCAGUUGAUAGAAGGAGAUAGAGAACCCUAUUACCAGUGGGUCAUAAAGAGAAGUCAAAAGGUCAAGUUGUCAUUCAUCCUUGAUCCUCCUACUCAACCUCCGCCACCAGAACUUAUCCCUGUUUCCAUUAAGGAGGUGGAAGCAUUGAAGCCUACUAUAGCGAGACUCGGGCGAGAAAAUGAAGAGUUACAUAUCAGCCUCCAGCAAGUUUCAAAUGAAAGAAAUGAGAUAAAGUGGGAACUAGAGAUGAAAAAGGCUCAGCUAGAAGCAACUGAGGAAAAGGUCUAUAAAGAAGAGCACAAGAUAAAGAAGGUGAAAGUGGGCAUAGAACAAGCUGACCUCUUCUUAGAAACUAUCAAAGAACAGUUGAAACAAGUUGAGAAAGAAUGCCAAAAGAAUAAGCGAUGGUGGUUGAAGCUAGCGUAA